UACGCAAGCGUCUGCGAGUCCUGGUGUGCCAUCGCAUCGCGACUGCGCAGCUGCGACGGCAAGCAGAUGCGCAGGUCAAUCUCUGGCGACGAGACGGCCGCCGUGCUGUGUGGGGAAGACGACACAGACGAGCGCCCAGACGACACAGACGAGCGCCCAGACGACACAGACGAGCGCCCAGACGACACAGACGAGCGCCCAGACGACACAGACGAGCGCCCAGACGACACAGGUGAAGUGUCCCUGGAGGACAGUUCGGUACUUAUCAUCGGUGAUAGGAUGGUGUUUGUUGACGGUGCAGUAGACAGGGAGGGUGUUGUGGGGUUGUGUAAGGUGGUUGAGGGCCUGUUGGAUCGGGCUCGGUGGCGUCUCCUUGCGGACCUGGCGGAGUAUGCGCAUGAUGUCUGUGGUAGGAGUGGAGUGGAGUGA